AUGCUUGGAACAGGUGCGGGGGGGGGGGGCAUCCGCACCUUAGCCAGGCCUCGGAACCCACAGCAUUUGCAUUUGAAUGGCCGGCUUUUCGCCUUCCCUACAGCACCACUGCCUCUCACACCCAUGAGCGUUUACGCUCUGCGUUUUGCACCACAGGUAGCACAAAGCAGUGAAGGUGCCGUUUUGGCUAUUUUUGUGGUUAAUACUGCGCCGGGAAUAGAUACCAAGCAAAUUCUCCUCGCGCUUUUUUGCGAUCGGAUUCGGGCUUACUUGCGUCGCGGGUGUUGUAGUUUUUUGGCCUCAGGCGGGGAGGAGGUUCUGGUGGGAUCUCCGGCGGCCACAUUGCACCAGGCAAUUCAAAACGCUUCGCCGAUAGCCAAAGAGCAUACAACACACCAGAUGUAA